GCAAUCAUGUAUUUAGCAUUUGCCGGGUUUCGGUCGCUUAAGUCGUCUUCCUUGAGGCUUGGCUGGUCUUCAUGCCAUAGACACUCCUCUCUUAAGGCUGGACUCAGUACUCUACCCUCACAUUUUGACCUUCCUUCGGGUGACAGAAUUCCGUCUGUUGCACUUGGUGUUUGGAAGGCUGGAAAGGGCGAGGUUGGCCCUGCUGUCAAGACUGCUUUGAAGGCUGGCUACCACCAUAUUGACGACGCUUGGAUUUAUCGCAAUGAGGGAGAAGUCGGUCAAGCGAUUAAAGAGAGUGGCGUUCCGCGAACGGAUAUCUGGCUCACUUCAAAGCUCUGGAAUAGCUUCCAUGCUCAUGAAGACGUCGAACAAGCUCUAGACGAAUCUCUUAACUCUCUGGGUACUGAAUACCUAGACUUGUAUCUCAUGCACUGGCCGAUUGCGUUCAAGAAAGGAACAGGUCCAGAUGGGAAGAGCGUCUACGAUCCGGAACUAAGCGAGAAUCCCUAUCCGACUUGGCAAAAGCUCGAAGAGAUGGUCGAGAAGGGGAAAGUGAGGAAUAUCGGAAUUAGCAACUUUAACAUAAGGCGAAUUCAAAACCUCACGGCAAACCCGCUCAAAGUAAAACCGGCUGUUCUACAAGUGGAGCUCAGCUUUUGGAAUCCUCAACCCGAGCUAGUCAAGUGGACGAAGGAAAACGAUUUACCUGUCGAAGCGUACUCUCCUCUAGGCGGGAGUAAGCAGGUUAAGGAAACGUUGAGAGAACCUACAAUCAACAAGAUCGCAAACCAGCUCGGUAUGACUCCCGCGCAAGUUGUUAUCUCGUGGCACGUCCAGCGUGGUACGAUUGUUCUGCCGAAGAGCGUUACACCUUCACGCAUCAGAGAAAACUUUGAAAUACGGGCACUCCCGGACGACUUAUUUGAGGAGCUUGAAGCCGCCGCUGUUUUGCACAAGCCGAUGCGCACGGUGAACCCGAGUAAAGACUGGGGUCUUGAUUUCGAUAUAUUUGAUGAUUGAGUGGUUGCGAUUUCCUUCUGGUCACCUGAUUCGACAUCUUGUAUGGGGC